GCUUAAUUAACUGCGUACUACGUGCAGUGUUCUUCAAUUAUAUUCAGUACAUAUAAGCGUGUGUGUAUAUAUAUAAAAGUUAUUUUGUAGCCAGCUACAGAGUAAUAGUUCUAUGGGAUGUUAUUCUGUAGCCAUCUCCAUUUACGAUAAUUUUAUAUACUAAUUUACGAUAAUAACAAUAUAGAACUAUUACUCUAUAGUUGGCUAUAAAAUAACUUAUUUUGUAGCCACUUUGAGAUACGAUAAUUAUUAUAUUAAUUUACAAGAUUAUAGUAACUCCUUACUAAGUAGUUCACUAUAACAUUACGGUAAAUAUCCUCAUGUGUUAUAGUAACCCAACUAUCGUAAAUAUGUAUAUAUAUUAUUGUAAAUUUGUAUAUAAAAUUAUCGUAAAUGGAGGUGGCUACAGAAUAACAUAUUUUAUAGGUAGGGAUGCCUGUUUAUGUUUGUGGGUGUUCUUACAGCGGCUGGUGGUUCGACAACAUACGGGAAAAGGUUAUGGACAUGUGGAAAAAGAUCAAGGGAGGCCCGCAGUACAACGGCGAGUUCCUGCAUGACAAGAUCAACAAACUGAUCAAGGACACCAAGCUGGCGGACACGCUGAGCAACGUCGUGAUCCCGGCGUUCGACGUGAGCCGGAUGCAGCCUGUCGUCUUCAACUCGCUGGAGGCCGAGCGGGACGCCGGGAAGAACGCGCGCCUCGCCGACGUCUGCAUCGCCACGUCGGCGGCACCGACGUACCUGCCGGCGCACAGCUUCCGGACCAUAGACGCCAAUGGCUGCCCGCACCAGUACGAGGUCGUCGACGGUGGCGUGGUGGCCAAUAACCCUACCAUGGUCGCCAUGUCCGUGCUCACCAAGGAGGUGAUGCGCAUCCGCAGCCAGCUGAAGAACAGGGCCGUGCCGAUCAUGGAGGGUGAGCUCGUCGGGGACAUGGACCUGAACCUGAACCUGAACAACCCGACCGUGGCCGCCAUGGAAGCUCUAGAGAUGAGCAAGGAGCUGGGCACGGCGGCGGCGGAGGAUGCGAGCGUCUAUAGCAACAUCCUCGUCCUGUCCAUCGGGACGGGCACUGCGAAUCCCAACAAGGCGGAGAAGUACACCGCAGCGGAAUGUAACAAGUGGGGUCCUUUGGGAUGGGUUAUGAACGAUGGUGCCCACCCAAUCAUCGACUUCUACUCUCAAGGCAGCGACGACAUGGUCGAUGUUUGUGCUGAAAUGCUCUUCGAUGUCCUCGGUUGCCAGAACAAUUUCCUGCGCAUCCAGGCUGACAUGCUGGAGGGAGACCUGUUGUUGAUGGACUGUGCGACUGAUGACAACAUGAAGGCGCUGAUUGAAGUUGGAAGUAAGGUUCUUGAGCAGAAGGUGGCGAAGGUGAACCUCGAGACGGGCUUGUACGAGCAUGUCCCUGACGGGCCAACCAACGACAAGGCACUCGAGGAAUUCGCCAAGAAGCUGUCCCAGGAACGCAAGAUGCGGGCAUGCAAGUGAACACGUACUCUACGUCCUAUAUUGAUUUCUAUAUCAUGCAUUCUGUGAUGUUCUUUGACAAAAUAAUAUUCUAUGUUGUAUUAUGAUGUUUUAGAUGCAUGUAUUUCAUGAUUCACGACGUACACAUGUGAUGCUUUAUGUAAUAUAUAUGCGAUAUUCUAUAAUGCAUUUUUGUGAUGUUUACAUGGCACA